AUGGCUUCUCAGAGACACUCAGGUCCUUCGAGCUACAAGUUAGGCACCAUGUCUGAGAAAACAGAUUGCCACUACUGCCGGGAAUCACUUCAGGGGAAGAAAUACGUGCAGAAGGAUGGCCACCAUUGCUGCCUGAAGUGCUUUGACAAAUUCUGUGCCAACACCUGUGUGGAAUGCCGCAAGCCCAUCAGCGCGGAUGCGAAGGAACUGCAUUAUAAGAACCGCUACUGGCAUGACACCUGCUUCCGAUGUUCCAAGUGCCUUCACCCUCUGGCCAGCGAGACCUUUGUGACCAAGGACAACAAGAUUUUUUGCAACAAGUGUACCAGUCAGGAGGAUUUCCCCAAGUGCAAAGGGUGCUUCAAACUGAUUGUGGCAGGAGAUCAAAACGUGGAAUACAAGGGGAUGGUGUGGCACAAAGACUGCUUCACCUGCAGCCACUGCAACCAAGUCAUUGGGACCGGAAGCUUCUUCCCCAAAGGGGAGAACUUCUACUGUGUGACUUGCCAUGAGGCCAAAUUCGCCAAGCACUGCGUAAAAUGCAACAAGGCAAUUACAUCUGGAGGAAUCACUUACCAGGAUCAGCCCUGGCAUGCCGAGUGCUUUGUGUGUGUUACCUGUUCUAAGAAGCUGGCUGGGCAGCGUUUCACUGCUGUGGAGGACCAGUAUUACUGCGUGGAUUGCUACAAGAACUUUGUGGCCAAGAAGUGUGCUGGAUGCAAGAACCCAAUCACUGGGAAAAGGACUGUGUCAAGAGUGAGCCACCCAGUCUCUAAAGCUAGGAAGCCCCCAGUGUGCCACGGGAAACGCUUGCCUCUCACCCUGUUUCCCAGCGCCAACAUCCGGGGCAGGCAUCCGGGUGGAGAGAGAACUUGUCCCUCGUGGGUGGUUGUUCUUUAUAGAAAAAAUCGAAGCUUAGCAGCUCCUCGAGGCCGGGGUUUGGUAAAGGCUCCAGUGUGGUGGCCUAUGAAGGACAAUCCUGGCACGACUACUGCUUCCACUGCAAAAAAUGCUCCGUGA